AUGCCGAGGUGGGCACGACGUCUAGUCUCGGGCACCAAAGCGCGAUUUGAAGACGAAGGUAAGUAUGUGAUUGAGCUUGAUCUUGUCUACGUCACUGACCGAGUCAUCGUGAUGGGGUUCCCUGCUCAGGGCAUGGAAGCCUUUUACCGAAACAACAGGCACGACGCCCGUAAAUUUAUAGAACAUAGACAUGGCCAUGACUACUGGGUUUUCAAUUUCUGCCCGAUUCAGGAGAACUCGUAUCCUGCAGAAUUUUUCAGAGGUCACGUAUCACGAUACCCAUUCCCCGAUCACCAUGCUCCUCCUCUUGCCAUCAUGGCUCUUGCCACCCGAGAAAUGGAUGUUUGGCUUGAAGGUGAUGCUAAACGAGUAGUCGUUCUGCAUUGUAAAGCUGGGAAGGGACGUUCAGGAACCCUUGCAUGUGCCUAUCUCCUUUCGCUAGGGGAGCCUCCGAAGGCACCUCGUUUAGAGAGAAGCAUGUCAAAACAAGAGUGGUCAAAGCUACGUGCUGAGGAAAUGAUGGAGACGGUGGCAGAACUCAGUGACGAUGACUACAGUGUUCUCUCUGUGCAGAAGUCUAAUCAAAUUAACUCGCCUUCAGAGGCAACCGCCAUCAGUCCGCUUAGUAUUCCAUCCCAAGGACAACCGCAUGAAGCAUCCGCAAGCACAUCUUAUUUCGACAAUGUACUCGCUCUUCACUCCUCUCGUCGAAUGAGGCCUCGGGACUUACCAAAUAAGAAGCCCCAUCGUGGCGUGACAAUACCUUCACAACGCCGUUUCCUGUUCUAUUGGUCCCAGAUGCUGUCGAAUGCGGGUCCUGCUGGGUUUUGGACAAAAACGUACGCAAAUGAUGCACCACCGAGUAAAGACUCCACGUUCGUGUGCCGCACUCCCCAGAACGUCCGGAUAGAGUCCAUCCGCGUUCGGAUGGAGGAUCUAGGAGGCAUGAAAACAACUGCUGUGAAGGUUAUCAGCAAGGUGCUGGAAAAGACCAUGAAUGAGAAACUGCGCGGGAUUGAGAAGGGUGGAGGCGAUGUUUGGGUAUCUGUUACUCGCUACGAUGACCAUUUCGUCGAGACGUUAGAAAAAUGGGAAAGGUACACCAGAAGCGAUGCCAACAUAGGCAGGCGGAAACCAGGCACGGAGUCACUCCCAGAUGAUAGCAAAGCGGAACGAAGUGUUAGCUCAAUUUUUGACGAUGCGAAGUGGGAUAACGAUAAGAUGGUCUGUCGCUUCGGGCGGUUUGGAUUGCUUUCCAAAAGCGACGUCAUCGAGGAGAGAGAGAAGGAUGUACGAACGUUUGCUUAUGCAUUGCGUCCCAUUUCCUGGUCCAAAUGGGUGGAAGUGGCCAAGAAACUUGAAAGGAACUCGAGGGAGAAAAGCGACAAUCGAGACGAAGGUCCUUAUGACAAUGCUACUGAUGAUUCCACAUCGACAAUUUCAGAUGCCACAGGGGCAAGUCUUUCCCAAAAACCUGUCAGUGACGAGGGGUUCAUAGUUGACGCAAGUCGGGAACUGCGGGUCAAACUUUAUAUGGGACAGGUUCCGAUGGGUUGGUUUUGGUUCAUUCCGACAUUCCACAUGCCCCAAUGGACCCAAGAUGGGUCUCUUCAGGAAGCGAAGACUGUGAUAUUCAGGCUCAAGAAAUCCGACAUCGAUUUCUCAUUGGGCGCAGGCGCAUGGAUCAUUGAUAUUGAUGUAUCCAUGCAGUGGGUCAUCGAAACAGAAAAUACCAAGAGCUCCCUACCAGUUGUGGAGGAUACAGAGGCCACAAAAAGACACGGAGUAGCUGAAAAGACUCCCCAAACGUUGUAA